AUGUCCGUCCAAUUCCACAACAUCAUCAACGACGAGCUGCGGGGCAGCAGCGAAACUCACCGGGUAACCGACCCGCGGACCGAAGAGGAACUAUGGGAGUGCCCUGUGGCAUCGACGCAGGACUUUGAGCACGCCGUGGCGGCCGCGCAGACGGCGUUUGCAGCGUGGUCCCAGACUACCGUGGCCGAGCGCCAGGCAUGCCUGGUCCAGCUCGCUGAUGUGCUGCGUGAGAAUAAGGAGGAGCUGGCGGGGAUUCUGAUGCGGGAGACGGGCAAGUCGAAGAUCUUGGCGGAUAUUGAUGUUGAGGGGAGCGUGGCGCAGUGUCUUUACUAUUCCCAAAACGCCCUCCAAGACGAAAUCCAACACGAAGACGCCCACACCCGCGUCCUAGCAACGCACAUCCCCCUGGGCACAGUAUCCGCCAUCUGCCCCUGGAAUUUCCCGCUCAUCCUGGCCAACAUCAAAGUCGUGUCCGCCCUCGUCACAGGCAACUGUGUCAUCGUCAAACCCUCCCCGCACACUCCUUACUCCGUCCUCCGCUGGGCCGAACUCAGCCGCGGCAUCCUCCCCCCGGGGGUCUUCCAGGCCCUUAACGGCGGCGCUGAGUUGGGCGUCGCCAUGACGCUGCACCCGGGGAUUGCCAAGAUCUCGUUUACGGGUACUAUUGCUGUUGGGAAGAAAGUCAUGGAGGCGUGUGCAAAGACGCUGAAGAAACUCACGCUGGAAUUGGCGGGGAAUGAUGCCUGUAUCGUGUGCGAGGAUGCCGAUUUGGACGUGGCCGUGCCUGCGGUGGCUAGUGGUGGGUUCUUCAAUGCGGGACAAGUGUGUGUCGCGAGUAAACGGAUCUACGUGCAUGAGAGUAUUUACGAGGAGUUUCUCGCGCGGCUGGUGCAGGAGGUGGAGACGCGGUAUGCGAUCCAGGAGGAUGGGCUGUCGCCGAGCGUGUUUGGGCCGCUGGAUAAUAAGGUGCAGUAUGAGGUGGUGAAGGGGAUUGUGGAGGAUUGUAAGGCCAAGGGGUACGAUAUUGUCACGGGCGGGCAGACGGAUAGACGGGAGCAGGGGAAAGGGAAGGGGUUCUGGUUGCCGCCGACGAUUGUGUCGCGGCCGCCGGAGGAGUCGGUGCUUGUGCAGGAGGAACAGUUUGGCCCCGUCCUCCCCAUCCUCCCCUGGACCUCCGAAGACGACGUGAUCCGCCGCUCGAACCUAUCCAACGCCGGGCUCGGCGCAUCAGUGUACUCGCGGGACCUGGCCAGGGCGGAGCGCAUCGCGCGCCGGCUGGAAGCGGGCGGGGUCUGGAUCAAUAUCUUUGAGCGGCCCAACUAUGGCGCCUACUUCUCGGGCAUCAAGGACAGCGGGUUUGGCGGGGAGAUGGGGAAGCAGGGGCUUUUGUCGUAUGCGUAUACUAAGUGUCUGCAUUUUGCGAAGUGA